GGCUCCAAGUAAAAUACAAGGUUGCCCUAUCUCUGUCCAAAACCUUAAACCCUCCGGAAUUCUGCAACCUAGAACAGAGCAUGGUGCACUGUUCGACUACGAAGAACAACCCACCAACAACGUUUGCAAUCGAAAAUCCAAACCCUCUUCCCAGACACACAGAGAGCUUGUUUGAAUGCUGCGUAGAAUCGCUUCUCUCUCUCGUCUUCGUCAUCUCCAACAACACAUGGGUACCAUCUCUAUUGCAAGGUACAAUGACUACCAUAGUGCAAAGACAAACAUCAAUGAGACUGAGAGGCACAACAACAAACAGUUCCUGGACUUCAUGAGAGACAACUGCAAGAAAGGUAAAGUGCGAAACCUCGAUCAGGCUUUGAAUUUGUUUCAUUUUAUGGCUAAAAUGAAGCCUUUGCCGUCCGUAGCGGACUUUACUUUGUUGUUGGGGGAGAUUGUCAGGAUGAAGCAUUACACAACUGCUAUAUCUUUAGUUAAGCACAUGUGUUAUCCGCUUCGGAUUAAGGUUGAUACGUUUACUCUUAAUGUUGUCAUCAAGUGUCUUUGCCGUUUGAAUUUGGUUCGUUUCGGGUUCUCGGUCUUGGGGACUAUGUUCAAGCUUGGCUUGGAGCCUUCUGUGGUGACUCAUACUAUUCUCAUUGAUGGGCUUUGUGGUAAACGCGAUAUGGCUCAGGCGGUGGCGUUGGCUGAUCAUGUUGAGAAGAUGGGAUUUCUGUCGGAUAUUAAGAUGUAUGGUGUGUUGGUUAAUGGGUUUUGUAAGAUGGGUGACACUUCAAUGGCUGUUGAAUGGUUAAGGAAGAUGGAAGAAAGGAAUUUGAAACCUAAUGUGGUGGUUUACAGCACAAUUGUGGAUAGUUUGUGCAAGGAUGGAUUGGUAUCUGAGGCUUUUAAUUUGUGCUCAGAGAUGAGUAGCAAAGGUAUUCGGCCUAAUCUUGUCACUUACACUUGUUUGAUUCGAGGUCUUUGCAAUUUCGGACGGUGGGAGGAGGCCAGCUUGCUAAUGGAUGAGAUGAUGAAAACGGGUAUGAUGCCAGAUUUGCAGCUGCUUAAUGUUUUAGUGGAUGCUUUUUGCAAAGAAGGGAAAAUUAUGAUGGCAAAAGGCGUGAUUGGCUUUAUGAUUCGGAGAGGGAAGGGGCCAGAUGUCUUCACCUAUAAUUCAUUGAUUGAUAGAUAUUGUUCGGAAAAUAAAAUGAAUGAGGCCAUGGGAGUGUUUAAUUUAAUGGUUAGUAGGGGCUGUUCACCAGACAUGGUAGCUUAUACUACACUUUUCCAUGGAUGGUGUAAGAAUAAAAACGCUAAUGAGGCUAUGCAUCUCUUGGAUGAAAUGGGUAAGAUGGGAUUCACUCUUGAUCUUGUCGGUUGGACCACUCUUAUUAAUGGGUUUUGUCAAGUAGGUAAACCAUUAGCUGCAAAAGAACUGUUUCUCAAUAUGCACAAAUAUGGCCAAGUUCCCAAUCUCCAAACUUGUGGCGUCAUAUUGGAUGGCCUAUGUAAAGGGAAUCUUUUUUCUGAGGCACUAUCAUUAUUUGAGGCAAUGGAGAAGAGUAAUUUGGAACUUAAUAUUGUGAUUUAUAGUAUUUUGCUUGAUGGAAUGUGCAGUGCUGGAAAACUGAAUGAUGCAUGGGAACUGUUUUCUUCUUUGCCUUCUAAAGGCUUGCAAAUAAAUGUUUAUACUUAUACCAUUAUGAUAAAAGGUUUCUGUAAACAAGGACUUUUGGAUAAAGCUGAAGACCUACUUAUGAAAAUGGAAGAGAAUGGCUGCCCACCAGAUAGCUGCUCUUACAAUGUCUUUGUUCAGGGAUUGCUGAGAGAAAAGGACAUUGCAAGGUCAAUCAAAUACCUAACAAUAAUUGCUGACAAAGGUUUUUCAGUAGAUGCUUCCACCACAGAAAUUAUUUUUGACUACUUAUCUACUAGUGAAGGAGACAACGGAUUUCGAGAAUUUUUACGCCCUAAAAGAUAACACAUUUCAAGAGCUUCAGUAGAUGUUUAUUUAAAUACAGCCUCACAAUUUCCUCCAUAUUCAAUAAUCUGUAGCAUGUGGCACCAGAGUGAGAGUGGGCAUAGGCUUCAAAACUUGCAUUUUGUAUACAAGACUGUCACUGUUUAAGCCCUUCCACUUGACAUUUCUCUGAUCAGGAGUGUUGGUCUGUACAAUUGCAUCAGAGCCUCUACAACAACGUAAUUAUGAGUUGGAUCCUCAUUGCCUUCACACUUCUGAAGUUAUAUUUGAGCCCAAAAGCAUCUUCACAUUUUAAUGAUUGAGAUAAAGUACUCAGAAGAUUGCAAACUGAGGCAUCAUUUAACAGGAUUAAGACACUACAAUUUCAGCUCUAGGCAGGUUUUAUGGAGGUGACUAGAUGGGUUCUGCUUGAAACGAUGCUCCAUAACGCUGGUUACGGAAUUCUGUGAAAUCGAUGCUGACUCCUCUUAUUGGCUUAGUGAUAGGGUGAAGGUGUGAUCUUGUCCCCUUGAAGUUUUUGUCUAGUUCUCUUGUCUAUAUCCAAAACAUUCAGUAACACUUUGCAUAGUCUUGCUUAAUGCUUAUGUACUUGUGGUUAUUUUAGUUAUGCUAACAUUUAAUACUUGUGCUUCUCUUUUAGUUUUAUAUAUUUACCGCCUUAUGCUUAAUGUUACAUAGUCUUGCUUCAAUUUGAAGCUAAAGAACAGUUUUCUUGUGCCAAGGACCAGUAUGAAAGUCCUUGAAGAAGAGCAUGUUAUACAUUUAGUCAGCACUGAGAUUAACAAAAUGCUGUUCACAAAUCAUGAUUUGCAUUAUGAUAAAUGAGCUUACCUUAUGUGUGCUGAUAUUCAUUAUGAUAGUCUCCUACUCGCUAUGAUCGUUUCCUGGGGAACAUUACAGGAUCUGAGAGGUAAUGGUUUUUGCAGAACAUUUCGGUUUUCAGUAUAGCAUUUUUUAUUUUCCAAGUUCUUCUCCUCCCUUAAACUGUACCAUCCUCAUUUGAUUCAUUUUUCUCACUAAACCGCUGUUUUUUCUUGCAAGACAUGUCAAGAUGUUUUUCACUCAAGAAGAAAAAAUGUAGCAUAUAAUUUCAAUUUGUGGGUUGAAUUAAGUCAUGGUUGUACAGAUGAGAAUUAUCUGUUUUCAGACUACCUGAAGCGUGAAUAAACGUGGAAUGUUCCCUUUGAGUAGUUUUAUUUCGAUGAACUUUCAUUACCUUAAAGUUCUAUAGCCUUCAAACAUAAGAGCAACAUAAUCAAGUCAAGCUGUAUGAUAGUUACGGAUAGUUGAAGCAGCAAAUUCAUAUAGAUAUGAUUACAGACUAUCAUUGUGUCUGUUAUGUUAAAAGAAUAACCUCCUAGAGGCAUUUGAUGUCUAGGGGGCAAGUGUGGAAGUUACAUUUCUUGUACAGGAGAUGGAAGCAAAUGCUGAGGACUCUGAUUUUCGGCCUUUUGUCUAUGCAAUACAAAUCUAUUUGGGCAUUGGUUUAACUUUGAUAAUGUGUAUGAACUGGUUAAUUCCAUGAUGUUGACAAUGAAGGUUCUUGAGUCUCAUGUUACUUUGAUGCUCACUUCAUUUGAUAGUGAAUGGAUGAAUUAAUGCGAAAGUUAUCAUUUUCUA